AUGGCGACGGUUGGCGUCGAGACCAUUACUAGCACCAUGGGCUACGCACUGACUCUGCUCGGACUCCACCCAGAGUGGCAAGAACUGGCGCAGCGUGAGCUGGACGACUGCUUCGGAACUGGGGGCGACUACUUACGACACGUCACCAUGGCAGAUCUUGCACAGCUUAAAGUCAUCGAUGCCAUUCUAAAGGAGACUGGGCGACUUUUCACGACGGUGCCCUGCAUGCUGUACGUGGCGGCCGAAGAUGUGCCGCUGGCUGGUGGCCGGUACAUCGCAGCCCGAGGCACCACGUUGCUGAUCGCCUACUACCUCAUGCACCGUCACCCCGACCUCUUCCCGGAGCCGGACAAGUUCGACCCCGGCCGGUUCCUGGAGGGCGGCAGCGCCGAGUCCAGGAAAGCUUAUAGCUACGUUCCAUUCGGCAUCGGUUCGCGCAAGUGCGUGGGGGAGCGGUACGCAGUUUUGCAGAUGAAGGUCGUCCUAGCGACGGUUCUGCGCCGCUACCGUAUACUGCCUGGAACGAGCAGGGAGGAGCUGGAAGACAGUGUGGUUUCAAUGGUAUCCCAGCCAGUCACUGGGUUUCGAGUUACUUUCAUCCCACGAGACAACAUUCCUUCCAGUUCUGUCUGA